GUCCACUAAGGGGGGUUCCACUGUGAGAAAGACGACAAAACCAUGAAUGGGGAUUCACCGAAUCAUUUCCUUGCCAAGUUUUGCAAGAAUUAUUUCCUAUAGUUUCGAUGUUGGUAUUUGAACAGUGUCACUUCUGGUAUCGUGACAUAUCAAUAUUUCGGUUGAGGCCAAGUGACUGAAAGGACAAAAUGUCACUUAAUGCUGGAAAUGCACGGCAGGGUAUUACAUCAGACCCGGCCCUGGACGAGAGGUUUAAGAGGGAGUUCUAUGAGAAGCAGACAAAUGACUUCUAUCAAGAGAUGCAGAGAGAGAGGCAGAAGUUGCCAGUCUUCAAAGAAGCAAAGGCUAUUUGCGAGAGUAUAGAGUAUUCCAGGCAUAGCCAAGUGACUGUCAUCAGCGGGGAGACGGGUUGCGGUAAAACUACGCAGGUUCCCCAGUUCAUCCUGGAUGAUUACAUCACCAGAGGUCAGGGGUCAAGGUGCCGUAUCGUCUGCACUCAACCGCGGAGGAUCAGUGCGAUGUCUGUGGCGCAUCGUGUUGCAGUGGAGCGAUCUGAAAGAAUGGGUGGCGCAGAUAGUACUGUUGGAUAUCAAAUUCGAAUGGAGAGUGAGAGGCCAAGGGAAAAGGGGUCAAUAUUGUACUGUACUACAGGAAUAGUACUCAAAUGGAUGGAGUCCGACCCCCUCCUGAAAACUGUCUCCCACAUCAUACUCGAUGAGAUACACGAGAGGGACAUCCAUUCUGAGUUCCUUCUCGUCAUUCUGAAGGGCAUCUUGGCCCAGCGGCCAGACCUCAAGCUUAUUCUCAUGAGCGCCACAUUGAAUGCGGAGAAGUUUUCCAGAUACUAUGGUGGCUGUCCAGUGUUCAAAAUCCCUGGAUUCCUCCAUCCUGUUGAAGAGCAUUACCUCGAAGAUGUUGUGGAAAUGACAUCGUACCGGCCAAGUCGCACCUUCCGUGGUCGUGGAGGACCCCAUAAGACACAGUUCCAGUCGUGGCUUAACUCAACAAGCUAUUCGUAUCAAACCAAGGAGACACUGGCAGCAAUGUACAACAACAACAUGAUCGACCUAGAUAUCAUUGUCUCGUUGAUCCGAAUCAUCUGCUUGAAAGAAGAAGGUGCCAUCUUGGUGUUUCUAACCGGCUGGGACCAAAUCACCCAGCUCCUCGAUAAGUUGUUGUCGCACUAUUACUUCCAGACGGAUCGAUUCCUUAUUUUACCGCUCCACGGCGGCAUGAUGUCCAUGGAGGAGCAGCAACAGGUGUUCCUAACCCCGUCCCCAGGGGUGAGGAAGAUUGUGCUGUCUACGAAUGUCGCGGAGACGAGCAUUACUAUUGACGACGUGGUCUACGUCAUCGACUGUGGUAAGUUGAAGAUCAAGAAUUAUGACGCGAGGAAGAAUAUCUCGACACUAGACGACCACUGGAAUAGUGUGGCAAACUCCAAACAGAGGCGGGGAAGGGCUGGGAGAGUAAGGGCGGGCCAUUGCUACCACUUGUAUACCCGCCAUCAGAAGGAGAGACUGGUCGAGCAACAUAAGCCAGAGAUGUUGAGGACGAGGCUGGGAGACCUCUGUCUCCAGAUCAAGCUCUUGCGACAUGAGAAAAUCAUGGAUUUCUUCGACCAAGCCAUGGAGAAGCCGGCUGUUGAUGCGAUAGAGCGCUCCAUUAGACAUCUGAGAAAUCUGAAAGCAUUGGAUGUCUACGGAGAGUUGACCCCACUCGGCGUCCAGUUAGCCCGAAUGCCAGUCGACCCUCACAUCGGCAAGAUGCUCCUGUUUGCUGCCAUUUUCGGAUGUCUGGAACCUAUCCUGAGCGUGGCUGCGUGUUUGGACCACAAGGUUCCCUUCACUACGCCCCCAAAAAAGGAGGCUAAGCUGAGGGCUGACACAAUGAAACGAGAGUUGGCGGAGGGGACGUGCAGUGACCACCUGAUGUUCAGUAAUGCUAUUAGAGGCUGGCAGAAGGCAAAAGUUUGUGGCCGCAGCGACCUCGACAGCUAUCUGUACAAGUACUUUCUCUCCUCGGAUACAUUACGGGAGCUGAAGAAACGCCGAGAACAAUUUGCCCAAAUUCUCAACGAAAUCGGUUUCAUCUCAACCGAUCAGCCUUCAGACAGGGACGCCAACAAGAACUCCUCUAACACGAAGCUACUCCGUGCCGUCGUUUGUGCGGGACUUUAUCCUAACGUCGGGAUCAUCAAAACAAAAAGGUUAUUGAUUCCAGGUCUUGGGCAACACUACUACACUAUCGACACUGGUGACGAGGAAGUUGAGCUUCAUGUCAAGUCGGUGAACUGUGCGCAGCCCAUUCCAUUCGACUACAUUGUCUACUUCCAAAAGAUGAAGACAAAAAAGCUGUACAUCUUUGAUUCCACUGGCAUCUCUCUAAACCCUCUGAUCUACUUCGGUGAAGAUCUGAAACUCAGUAAUAUGGAUUCCAACAGGAACAUUGAUGUGGCCGUCGACAGCUUGGUCAAGUUUAAGACGACUGUGGCAACGGCCAGAGAGAUUGAGACUCUCCGUAGAGACUUGUGGGAAGUUUUAAAGAAGAAGUUUGAGAAUCCGUGCCCUACGGACUGGGCCGAUGAUGAAAACGAGGGCUUUGUGAUGAAUACAUUUUUGGAAAAGAUCACGCAAGAUGCCUCAGUUGCCAUCAGUGGAUAGUGAUGGUAUAGGAACAUUUCCUGGGCGAUGAAACCUUUGAUCUGUAUAUGAAAUUUAUACGAAGUUAGCUUGAAGAUUUCUCGAGCAUUAUUUUCCAGCAAAGAAAAGUAUUAUAAACUUUUGAGAAGUUGUUUUUCGCAAAGAAACACGCAAUUUAAACGCCUGUGCAAAUUGAGUGGUUUACAAUAUUCAAUUUAGGUUAUAAUGGAGAAACUGUAUUCAUUUGUUAAAUCAAAGGACACUGCAGAAUUCGUUGGGAGCAAAUCAAGACAAAUGGGCUGGAGCUUUCUGUCUUCAUUGACUGAGUUUCAUUUUGUAGUCUCCCAGAUGUCUUGCCAUCCAUGGCUGAUGAGCUUUGUCUACCUGGGUUUGUUGUUCAGAGCUUUCCGUCUCCAGCAAAGGCUAAGGAGGCCAUGAGUCCCCGAAAAUUCUCUCAAACUUUGAGUUCUAAGGUCAAACAAAAUAUGCUGAGUUUUAAGGUCAAACAAAAUAUGUUGUGUACAUGUAUAUAUGAUUAAUUUAUUAUCACGGCUUGCUUAUAAACUGUGCGGACACUGUUUAGCCCCUUGACGGGCGCCUGUAAAAAGGCCUAUCUGAUGUAUAAUAGACUUAUGUAAAUUUAUGCACCAAAACCAGCUUACUAGCGUUGAUGCAGUAUUGUUGUGAUGAUGUGUACUGGUUCGUUUUGGUACACCCAGUAUGUGUUCUUAGCAGUGGUCAACCGUAAUUUAUAUUUUAUAUGACUAAAUUAUGGUUUCUAACUAUCAUAAAUAUGCGAGUUAAAAAGACUUAUUGAAACUUAUUUGUUUUUUGGAUUCAGCUGAAUACGAUUGUGAUGUGAUGAUUUCGUUUGUGUGUUUAUAGAUUCUUAUUGUAUCAGCUGACUACCCACGCAAAAUAAUCAAUAAAAAAAACGAUAUAGGCC